AGAGAAUACCGGGAGAACUGUGUGGGAGAAUACCGGGAGAACUGUGUGGGAGAACACCGGGAGAACUGUGUGGGAGAAUACCGGGAGAACUGUGUGGGAGAACACCGGGAGAACUGUGUGGGAGAAUACCGGGAGAACUGUGUGGGAGAAUACCGGGAGAACUGUGUGGGAGAAUACCGGGAGAACUGCGGGAGAACACCGGGAGAACUGCGGGAGAAUACGGGUGAAAUUGUCCGGGUGAAUAGCAGGAGAAGACCGGGGGAACACCGGAGGAAUAGUCCGGUUGUAGUCUCUGCUGUUAGUGUGCGCGGGUUGUUGCGGCGACGUGAUGGAAGAUGUUCACCUGAACAACGAGACGUGCACAAACGGCUCUGGGGUUAGGUUGUGGUGCGGCUCUCAGUCUGCGGUGUGUUUACUGUCCUACACACACCUGAACAACAUUACAACAGAUGUGCAGACAGCUGUGGUCUACAACCUGUGGCUCGGCCUGACUCUGGCGCUGCUCUCUGCCUUCCUGAUUGGCAGCAGCGUCAUCCUGAAGAAGAAAGCUCUGCUCCGAUUGGCCAGCGGCGGACACACCAGAGCAGGUGACGGCGGCCACGGCUACCUGAAGGACUGGCUGUGGUGGGGCGGCCUGCUGACCAUGGGAGCUGGGGAGGGCUGUAACUUUGCUGCCUACAUGUUUGCUCCGGCGACGCUGGUGACUCCUCUGGGCGCUCUGAGUGUCCUCAUCAGUGCCGUCCUGUCCUCCUACCUGCUGGGGGAGGCCCUCAACAUUUUGGGGAAGCUCGGCUGUCUGCUGUGCAUUCUGGGAAGCGUCCUGCUGGUCAUCCACGCUCCGCAGGAACAGGAAGUGACGUCGCUGCAGGACAUGACCGACAAGCUGCUGGAACCCGGGUUCCUGGUCUUUGCGUCGGUUGUGUUGCUGUUGUGUUUGCUGCUGGUGUUGUACGUCUCUCCGCGGUUCGGCCGCUCCAACAUCCUGGUCUACAUCAGCAUCUGCUCGCUGCUCGGAGCCUUCACCAUCUCCUCCGUCAAGGGCCUGGCCAUCGCCAUCAACACUGUGUUUUCUGAUGUCUCAGUGCUGGCUCGUCCUCUCACCUGGAUCCUGCUCUUCACUCUCAUCGUCUCCAUAGUAACACAGGUGAACUACCUGAACAAGUCUCUGGACACCUUCAACACCCUGCUGGUCUUCCCCGUGUACUACGUCCUCUUCACCUCCGUGGUGCUGCUCACCUCCGUGGUCCUCUUCCAGGAGUGGACCAACAUGUCCGUCCCCGACGUGGUCGCCGCGCUGGCCUCCUUCCUGGUCAUCGUGGUGGGCGUGGCCAUGCUGCACCUCUUCAGAGACCUACAGGUGACGUUGAAGCAGCUGACCAAUCAGAUGGCUCCGCGGGUGGAGCAGGAGGGGCUUCCCGAGGUUCCAGCCAAUGGACACGCGGCAGGAAGGAAAGAGGACAAAUACACACUGGUGGACAACAUGGUGAUAGAAAGUCUGCCUCCGAUGAGAGAGGAAGGGCCCAGAGUCUUCAUCAUCAGCUGA